AUGAUGUCACACAUAAUGAAAGCAAAUCCUGCAAUAAAAAACGCUGCAAGCUGUGCAACCAAAUGAAUCCAUCAAAAAGUGUCAGACACUCAAAAGGGAUCUUCAAUAUCACCGGAUCCUACAGCUGGACCUCCAGUAAUAUUGUGUACCUUAUCCAGUGCAGAAAAUGCAGCAAAGGCUCUUAUGUUGGCGAAACAGGACAGAAGUUGCAAACAAGGAUGAAUUUGCAAAGACGUACCAUCAAGGAACAUAGAUGACUUCUGCGCACCUGUGGGACUCCAUUUCGCACAACCGGACCGCACUACGGAAGACUUCAAUAUCUUAGUUCUUAAAGGAAACUUCAAAACUAUCCAGGAAAGGAAAACUUUUGA